CUGGCCUUUCACAGGUCUGCUGUGCAGCCUGAAUGGGGACUCUCAGCAGCAGCCCCUGCAUUAGCAUUUGAUGCAGACUUCUCGCAGACUUCAGUCGGCGGACUCUGCACCGCGGAUGAACUUAACAAAACUUUGCUGAUCGGGGUUUAGAGCACCCUUGGUAAAACAGAAACGAAGCACUUUCACUUCGGCGUUUGAACCCUGAACGAGUGAAAAACGUGGUCUGGGUGUGACUCAAGUUGGGUGUAUGUAAAAGAGCCACGGCUUGAAGAAGUGCAGACGGGACUAGAUUCCCUGGCGGAGUAGCACUAAAUCCACAACCCAACAGACUACCGGUGCACAGUCCGCCGCUGAGCUCGAUGCAGACGGACUGAGUGCGCUAAAACUGAAGGGUUUAACUCCGGGAUGCUUCCGUGUGGCGUUUAAUAAACAACAAUAACCUGAUUUCAGCUAAAUAACGCGUUCGUCUCUGCUGUUUGGACCGUUUGAAGAGCAACUGUCCCCGUGUUUUGUCCAAACCGACGGACUUCACGACACUGGAAGGACUUAACUGAACUCAAGAUGUCAAUUUUGCCUUUCACUCCCCCCAUUGUCAAAAGACUUUUGGGCUGGAAGAAAGGAGAGCAGAACGGCCAGGAGGAGAAAUGGUGUGAAAAGGCCGUGAAAAGUCUCGUGAAGAAGCUGAAGAAGACGGGACAACUGGACGAACUGGAGAAAGCCAUCACCACCCAGAAUAUUAACACGAAAUGCAUCACUAUACCAAGGUCUCUGGAUGGCCGUCUGCAGGUUUCCCACAGAAAAGGUUUGCCCCACGUCAUCUACUGCCGUCUGUGGCGCUGGCCCGACCUGCAGUCCCACCACGAACUGCGGGCGGUGGAGCUGUGCGAGUACGCCUUCCACACGAAGAAGGAUGAAGUGUGUGUCAACCCGUACCACUACCAGAGAGUAGAGACACCAGUACUCCCCCCAGUGCUGGUGCCCAGACACACAGAAAUCCCCAGUGAGUUCCCGCCGCUGGAUGACUACAGCCAUUCAAUCCCUGAAAACACCAACUUCCCUGCUGGAAUUGAGCCCCAGAGCAACUACAUACCAGAAACGCCACCACCAGGCUACCUCAGUGAGGAUGGAGAGACCAGCGAUCACCAGAUGACCCACAGCAUGGACACAAGCUCCCCAAACCUGUCACCCAACCCCGUUUCACCCACACACAGCAACCUAGAUCUUCAGCCAGUGACAUACUGUGAGCCGGCCUUCUGGUGCUCCAUUUCAUACUAUGAGCUGAACCAGCGAGUAGGAGAGACCUUCCACGCCUCGCAGCCCUCACUGACAGUGGACGGCUUCACGGACCCCUCCAACUCAGAGCGUUUUUGCCUGGGCCUGUUGUCCAACGUCAACCGCAAUGCAUCUGUUGAGUUAACACGCAGACAUAUCGGCCGUGGUGUGCGGCUGUAUUACAUCGGAGGAGAGGUUUUUGCCGAGUGUCUCAGCGACAGCGCCAUCUUUGUCCAGAGCCCUAACUGUAACCAACGCUAUGGCUGGCACCCCGCCACAGUCUGCAAGAUCCCUCCAGGAUGUAACCUGAAGAUAUUCAACAACCAAGAGUUUGCGGCCCUGCUGGCCCAGUCAGUCAACCAGGGGUUUGAGGCUGUGUACCAACUCACCAGAAUGUGCACCAUCCGCAUGAGCUUUGUCAAGGGCUGGGGAGCAGAGUACAGGAGACAGACGGUGACCAGCACCCCCUGCUGGAUCGAGCUUCACCUGAAUGGCCCCCUGCAGUGGCUGGACAAGGUGCUCACACAAAUGGGCUCCCCCAGCAUCCGCUGCUCCAGCGUCUCUUAGGGAAGCCCUUCAACCACAUACGUCCUGUACACCACGUCUCCUGUCAGUGACUAAAAACACACAGACUUCAUGCUUCCCCCCCCCCCAUUCAGCCAAUCCUCAAUCUGUAAUUUAGUCCUCCCUCCCCACCAGCUGACAGUAGCACUUUUUAUAUACAUAUUGUUUGUGGCAAAAGGGGACAAGUGCAUUAAAGCAGUACCAUGUUAGUAUAAUCUCCACAUUUUGUCCAGAAUUAUUUUGAUGGCAGUUUUUUUCUUAGGCGUCUAUGUGCCAGAAAGACAGUAGAAAUGGGAGGAGAGUUGUUUUUUUUUUUUGUUUUUUUUAUUAAGAGAUACUUAUUCUCUUUGCGCUUUUGUUGAAAUUUCAUCUUCACGAUUUUUACAUUUUUUUGUACAGAUGUUAAAGUGAACCAUGGAUUUAAAAAUGAAUUUAAUUUUUUAAGCAUUAAUACCAAUUUUGUAAAGCAUAUGUAAGAUCAUGUUAAAUGCAUUUCACUUGACUUUGUUUUUGUAUUUGGGCAUUUGAUAGGUUAUGAAGACAUUGGAAUAAUGGAAAUGGUCAACCACAGUGUAAACACUGUGUGAAGGAAUAUACUGUAGCCUAGUACAAAUAUUUGCUUAGGUUUUCAUACUGUCAUUUUAUGCGCUCUGUGUUACUCUAAUAAGGCAAAUAACAGGAUGUUUAACUACACCUUUAAGGAACAAAAGACAAAGCAAGGAAUCUGUCAAACUUCAGAUUCAACUUUUCCCCCUCUAAUAGUAAACCAUUCACUGAUUUCAACCGGGAGCCAAAUUCAAAGCCAACAAAGUCUGACAAAGCGGUCUGAUGUUUCAGGAUACGUUAGAGCAGACGGGAGUUACAACCCUUAUGUGAGAGCUGAAAGACAGCGAUAUUCAUCAAAUGUCAUCAGGAAGAUGAUGCACUUUUGUAAAAUGUUGAUAUUCUAUAAAGAGAUGUGGACAAAAUUAUAUUCGAUGACAGUUGUAGUCCAUAGCUUCAAUAGUGCUUGUCAGGGGCCUAUGUGAAAUAUAGCCUGCAUUCAUUUCAGGAAGCUUUGCCAAUUUGCAAAAUAUGUUUGCAGCAUUGUAUAGUAGGAAGUACAUAACAGGCAUUUACACAGAACUUGAAGACAUCUCACAUACUGUACUGUUCUGCAAACUUUCAGUUAAAUUACACAUUGAACAUGCAAAAUGUAGUGUAGGAAUGUAGGAAUACUUGUGUAUGUGAUAGGAAUACUCUGCAGAAAGAGAGCAGGAAGACGCCUUUGCUUUUUUUAAUUUUCUCUCUCAGCAGUCCAUGACAUUGGUCUUAUUUUAAACCAUCAGUAAUAUUGACUUUUUGCACACUCAGGACCGUCAAAGAAAAACAGCUGAAUUGUGUACAGAAACCAGUGAAAAUGAGAGAUUCAUGACUCUCGAGGCUUUAAAGUCUAUUUUGCUACCAAUUAUUUUUGUAGGACAAUAAGGUCCUCUUUCAAGUGUUUUUGCAUGACAUGACAGAAUAUACUGCUGGCAGGUCUGGGGAUAUGAACCUUGUAUUUUUCUACCUGUGAAGAUGAGGCGGUUUCAGAACAAAGCACAGCUUUUUACAAAGGGAAAUGUUUAGAUAGAGGCAUGUAAAUAACUGUAGAACCUCAUAAUCUGAUGUCCCUAUUUUUUAAGUCUAUGUACAUGUAGUACAUACAUGUGUUAUUAUAUGACCAUUAACCUUUAUAAUGUUGAGGGUUUUGGAAGCAGGAGAACAAAAUUUAAGUUUAAAAUGCAAAAAAAAAAAAAAAAGUAUAAGUUGGAAAAAGGUAUUGGUGAAAUAGAAAGGCAUAGUCUUAGCGUUGGUCCCAGUUCCUUUCAGCCACCCACUGUGGUGGAAGUGGAUUGAUUUCCUUCUGGUUCCAUAACACUAGACAAAGACACAGUGGGUGAACAUGGACAAUAUUUUGAUUCUUUUUACAAUACUUAUUUACAUUAACGCAGCCUUUGAUGUUAAUGUCAGCCCGGUGGUGCUAAUCUUUAACAUUUGAGGGACUCAAGAGAACAGCAAAGCCAUGAGAUUUUACUUUUACUUAAAGUUGGUAGAUUUUGAUCUCUGUUAAAUGAUAAUGACUUGUGAACGUUCUAACUAUAAUGGGAUUGUUUCAGAAACAGUAGCAUCUACCAAUCUGAGACAAGACAGCUCUUUGUAGAGCUUCUAGUGUCCUUGAACACAGCAGUCCUGAUCCUAAUGGGCUCUUAAACCCCAUAGUCAAUGUAAUUACCCAGUAGGGAAUAUUUUGCAAGCAAAUUUGUCAUUUUUAUACACUCUUCAACUUAUAGUGCUUGUGUUUUUUUUUUUUUUUCCCCUUGUUCAAAAUUUUCACUGUAAUCGUCAUUAUUAGUUGUGAUUUAUGCUAUUGUGCUCUGAAUUGGUCUUUUUAGGUGUCCUGUAAAAAAUUAUACCCUUUUAUUUUUCUCUGCCUAUAAAAGGUUGAUGUGAUGCUUUAUAUUUUUGUUUAUUAUUGUUGGUCUAUGAAUAAAAUAUAUAUCUUGUGGUGAUACCGGGGUCAGCAUGCCAAGUAAGAAGGGAACUGAAGCUGGGUUGUACGGAUCUUAAAUGUCAGACCACAUCUUUAUUUCAGUAACUGUCAAAGUUAGUUUUGUAUUCAGUCAGAUUCACUUUGUUGUGGAAUAAUUCAACAUUAAAAAUGUCAGUUACUGAGCUAACUAAAUUUUAUAACAAGUUCCGUUAGCAUGAAAUGUACUUUAUACAGGCCUCUCUGGAGACAGUUCAGGUUCUAGAGUCCUCUUGUCUGUUUCCUUCUGUAGUUUGGGGAUUUCCUAGUCUGUGGUAAAUAAUUUGGCGCUCUCCUCAGAAGCAGACAGAAACCAUAAUUACAGACCCAAAGCAGA